GAAAAAAUAUAAAAAAUGAAUAGCAUAUUACUGGAUUAUAAUUAUUAAUCGAUGUAUUAUAAGAAAAUGUUUAACUUACACUUUGUUGUCACUGGAAAAAGUAAGUGACAUUUCUCUUGACAGGUGAAUCGUGUAUUAUAUGAUGGCGUAACAUCAACCAUGCGAAGCAAAUACAUUGUUUUUGUAUUAGUGUCAUUAGUCAUAUGGACAACAGUUUCAUUUAUUUUCAUUCUUCAUCAGUAUCCGACGAAGAUAAAUAAGGUGGAUUUUUCGCUACAGAUAACUAAGCUAGAAAAUGAAGUAAGUUAUAUAUUAUCAUCGAACCAAAAAGUUUUUAGAAAUCGUGAACAAUUAAGGACAAAGAACUCAUAUGAAGAUUAUCAGACUUCAAACGUGUUUAGCAGAGAAAUUUUACUAAGCAAAAAUAGAAAUGCAUUAGAGAAUCAAGUUCGAAGCUCCAGGGUAUACAAAGAAUAUUUAAACACCCACCAACGAGAGGAUAUUCUUAAAGUACAAUAUUCAUCAAAUAAGACUUAUGCAAUGACUGUAAGAACACAAGCACACAAUAUUUCUAAGGAGUAUCCAGUUGUUGCAGUUUUGGUAAUUUCAUGUAAUCGAAUAACUGUUAAAAGAUGUCUUGAUCAACUUAUUAAGUUUAGACCUCAUAAGGAUAUGUUUCCUAUCAUAGUAUCUCAUGACUGCAACCAUAGAGACACUAGUGAUGUCAUUAAGAGAUACGACAAAGAAAUAAUUUAUAUGCAGCAACCAGAUCAAAGUGAAAUAGAGAUUCCUCCAAUAGAGAAAAAGUUUAGUGGCUAUUUUAAAAUUGCCAGACAUUAUGGAUGGGCCCUUAAUCAAACAUUUUUUAAAUUUAACUUUGAAGCUGCAAUUGUUGUUGAAGAUGAUUUGGACAUAUCUCCAGAUUUUUAUGAAUACUUUCUUAGUACGUAUCCUCUACUUAAAGAAGAUCCUUCUUUGUGGUGCAUAUCUGCUUGGAAUGAUAAUGGAAAAUCUAGUCUCAUAGACUUAGCAAGUCCCCACCUUUUAUAUAGAACGGACUUUUUCCCCGGUUUAGGUUGGAUGCUGACUCAGAAACUGUGGUUUGAAUUAUCUCAUAAGUGGCCAAAAUCGUAUUGGGAUGACUGGAUACGUCAACCAGAACAAAGACAGAAUCGUGCUUGCAUAAGACCAGAAAUAUCUCGGACAAGAACGUUUGGAAAAUUCGGCGUUAGCAAUGGACUUUUUUUUGAAAAACAUUUGAAAUUUAUCGAGCUUAAUAAUAAAAAAGUAGAUUUUUCUAAGCAUGACUUAAAAUACCUCUUAAAAGAAAACUACGAUGCAAAGUUUAUAAAAAAAGUUUAUCAGCUGAAAGAGGUAAAUUACUUAGAGUUAAAUUCAAACAAGCUACCAAUAAUUCAGUCAGAAUAUAGAAUAUCGUACGAUAGUCGCCAAUCUUACAAAAACAUUGCAAGAAUGUUUGGAUUAAUGGACGAUUUUAAGAGUGGUGUUCCUAGAACUGGUUAUCAUGGAAUUGUUACUUUUUACCUUAAUCAUAGAAGAAUUUUUCUGGCACCACGUGUUCAAUGGACUAAGUAUGAUUUAGCAUGGAGUUGAUGAUGUACAUAUGGUUCAUUCAAAUAUUUCAGUUGGUCCUUUUUUCUCUGCAUCUGAUUUUGUAAACAGGUCCUUACAAAUGUCUAGAAUUACUUCAUGUUAUUACAUGUAUAUAUAUACUUAUAUAUAUGUACAUAUGUUCGUAUAUAUUUUCUAAUGAAAACACUUCUUUUUAUACAUACGUAUAAAUGCAUACAAAAAAUAUAGUUUCCACAUACGUAUAAAAAAAGCGUGUUCAUGAGAAAAUAUACACGAACAUCGGAAAAAAGAAAUGUAUUUGAUAGGCAGCCAGAUAUUCAAACAUUGCGUAUUAAUUAUUUGAGAGGACGAAACAAUGUACAGAUAAGUAACAAAUGCUGACAUAACACUGUAAAAAUAGUGAGAAGUUAUAAUUCAUCACUCCAAAUCCUAUUUUGAUAACAGUCUAAUUGAAUAAAAAGAUUUUUUGCUAUUACUCUA